UUGGCGUUGUUGGCGACCACCUCGAUAUCAAAACUAAAUUAUCAAAAAAUAAUAAUGAUAAAAUAAAAGAAGGAAAAAAGGAUAGUAUGCGCAUUGCGCACCCUUCCUCCGGCAAGCCACCGGCGAUGGCGAGAGCCGACGAGAAGUCACCGGUGCGUAUUUACAGAGCAUUAGAGGAUCGAUGCGAGAGCUUGGAGAAGAGCCACGAGAGACUCAAAGAGCAGCUCGAUAAGUUGGUGAACGAGAAGAAGAAGGAAGAGGUGGCGGCGAUGAUGGAGUCAGAUUCAGUCGGAGUGUCGUCGGAGUAUCCAUUUCCGGUACGUAUUCGGGGAUGCUUCGUGUCGGGAAGUCCGUACAGAAGCAUUUUGGAAUCUUUGGGUCACGCCGUUCAUGUUUGCGAAGCUUCCACGGGAGAAAUCAUAUACUGGAAUCGCUCUGCUGAGAACCUCUAUGGGUGGAAGAACUAUGAAGUUGUUGGACAUGGGGUUGGUGGUGAAAUCCUUAUCCCUGAAGAACAUUUCGUAGCUCUACAGAAAAUCAUUGAAAGGUUGAGAAGAGGGCAGUCAUGGUCAGGUCAGUUCCCUUUUAAGAAGAGGUCCGGUGAAAUAUUCAUGGCUAUAGCGACCAAAAGCCCAUUAUAUGAGAAUGGCGUGCUUGUUGGUUUUAUCACUGUUGCCAAUGAUGCAGCAGCUUUUAAUAGAAUGGAAGCACGAAACAGGACACAUGAAGAUAGUGCCAAUUCCCAACAUAGAGGAUCGCAGUCAUACUUGAAAAGGAUUCAGUGGCAUGGACACCCACCUAUUGCACCAGUUCCAGAGAUAGCUUCAUCUGUUUCCAAUCUGGCCUCAAAAAUUUUUUUGCGGGGACAUGGAGAUGAUGCAUGUAACAUAUCCAAGGACAGAGAGGAUUCUGUAACAGACACCAAAGAUGCCAAUGCCAAGAAAACUGGUAUCCAAGCAGCAAAAUUCUUGGCAAAGCUGCAUAUCAAGGGAACCGACAAUAGUGGAAAGAAAGAUGAUGGAACAACUGUACAAAAUGGUUCAAGUGAGACUUUGUCUAUGAGCAAUGAGCCUAAUUCUAAAAGCGAUUCAAAAAAACCAACUUCAUGUGGCUACAUAGUUGAUACAGAUUAUAAAGGAGAUGGACACCACAGAAAAAUCAAGAUAUCUCUAGCAGCUAAGCGAUAUGCACGUGGGCAUGAAAUACCAAAUUCAACUGAAGAUGGUUCUGUUCUAGCCUCUUCAAGGGAGUGCAAGGAGUGUUUGACAGGAUUAGAGUGUGAUGAGAAUUCAAAGGAAGCAGAACCAGAAGUAGCCAACUUGAAUGCAGUUCAGAUAGAAGAUGGCAAACAAUUCUCAAGUUUAGGGGGAAGCACUGACAGCAAUGGAAGUUCAUCAAGCAAAGGGGAUAAUGAAUCUAACACCAUAGUAGAUUGUGAGAUUCACUGGGAGGACCUGCAUUUAAGGGAGGAGAUUGGACAGGGUUCUUGUGCCAUUGUUUAUCACGGAAUUUGGAAUGGAUCGGAUGUUGCUAUCAAGGUGUACCAUGGGAAUCAAUAUACUGAGGGAAUUCUACAAGACUACAAAAAGGAGAUUGAUAUAAUGAAGAGAUUGAGACAUCCAAAUGUAUUGUUGUUUAUGGGAGCAGCAUAUUCACAAGAACGACUAGCCAUUGUCACAGAGUUCUUACCCAGGGGAAGCCUUUUUAGAACACUUCACAAGAACAAUCAGGCACUUGAUAUCAGACGGCGUCUGAGGAUGGCUCUUGAUGUUGCUAGAGGUAUGAAUUAUUUGCAUCACAGAAAUCCACCUAUAGUGCAUAGAGAUCUUAAAUCGUCUAACCUGCUUGUUGACAAGAAUUGGAGUGUCAAGGUUGGAGACUUUGGCCUGUCAAAGUUGAAGAAUGGGACCUUCUUGACAGGAAAAUCUGCGAGAGGGACGCCUCAGUGGAUGGCCCCUGAAGUCCUUCGCAAUGAACCUUCAAAUGAAAAAUCCGAUGUUUUCAGCUUUGGUGUGAUUCUCUGGGAACUAAUGACUGAAUCCAUUCCAUGGAAUCACUUAAAUUCUUUACAGGUUGUUGGAGUUGUAGGCUUCAUGGAUAGAAGAUUAGACCUGCCAGAAGGCCUUGAUCCCCACGUAGCAUCAGUCAUCCAAGACUGUUGGCAAAGUGACCCACAACAACGUCCAUCUUUUGAAGACAUAAUCCAAAGAAUGAUGAUACUUCAAAGAGCUGCACCAUUGCCUACUCGGAAAAGCUCAGAACCUUAGAAUUUUUUUGUGGUUUUUACAACAAAUAGUGGCUGUCCAUUGUAAAUGCAGUCAGAAACAGUUUAGAAGAAAGUUCAUAGAUUUUAACUCAAAGAAUGCUCACUCAAGAGGAAUAUGGAAAAGAAGGUGGGAAUGUGACAGUGUAUUCUCAUUAGGACACAUAAUAUAUACCAUGUAGCUUGUAACUGAAGGUGGCUCAAUCAUAACCACUGCAGAACAAGAAAAUGUAAAAAUAGCUUGGAAACCCUUUUUGCCAUGAUCUACACAAACUCUAGGUUUCAUAA